CCUUGUCCGCCGUGUUUGGCAACAUCCUUCUGAAUGGCAGGAGGGUACAUGACAUCUACAUGUGGAAAGUGAAAAGGUGCAGCGCAUUCCGUGCCCGACGGAGUCAGCUGCUCCUUCAGUCACUAUAAGUACAUAUGGUCCAACGAUCCGAAACACCAGGGUUUCCAACAAACUAGUGAAUCAUCCCUAGCUCAAUAUCCGACAUGGUAUACGCCGCAUUGCUCGCUCUCUUUGCUGGGAUUGCAGUUGCCAACCCCAUUCCCCGCGCUUCUUGCACACCAUGGGGAAUCGAACCUGAUUUCUAUGGAUCCUCCGAGGUUGUUUAUGUCGGCGAUCGUCUGUUCGACGCUGACUAUGACUCAUCGUCGUGCACGCCGUUGAGCGACCUCGUUACCGGCCCCGUCUAUCUCUACCGUCCUGGAGACUUCUCCUUCGAACCACUCAAGGUUGGAUACUGGAACGGACUGAACUACUCCGAUGCUGGCAACACGAUUAUCGCACCUGACGUGAACCCGAAAGGGUACGGCUACCAGGUGAAGAUCGUACCCGACGCCCGUUCGCCUACCCACAAGGUUGUCACCAGCAACACAUUCCCGAUUGUCUCCCAAGACUGGUUUGACCAGAGCUACGAUUCCAUUAUGCUUCUCACUCCCGAUCCGGUCUUCGACAUCACCAAGUGGGAUGCGACAGGACAGCAGCUGCUCGUGUGGCAGGACAGCCAGUUCGCGUCGUUCGAUGUUCUCCUUUACAAGUCGACCGACGUGACAUGGGGACCUCUGACUCUUGCCCAUGUUACGGAUGCCACCUCGACCGGCUACGCGGUGACAGAAUUCUACUUCGAAUAUCCGGGCAAGUUGCCGGAGGGAUCCGACUUCAUAGUCGUCUUCCAGACUUCCGCGCAGAACAAGGCGGAAGUGCUCGGCCUCACGGGCUUGAUCCAGAUCGUGGACUAUCCGGUCGCCACCAACACUUUCCCCUAUCCCUACACCCCUGUCAAGACGAUCUCGAGUGAGCCGAGUAAAAAUUAAAGAUCUUGACUAUCAAAGAAUUUGUACGUGGGCAAAGCGUUUUUGGACUCUUAUACGACGGACCAUCCAGUUAUUGAGAUAUGCCCAGAUUGACUACUACGUAGCAUGAGCGUACAAUGUUACCGUUUCGAUAUUAUCUACCCUCGAUUCUC